AUGGACGACAGCAGGAGGAAAAGGGAGUUGGGGAAGGAGAGGGGAAGAGACAAGCUACUUAUGGUGCCUCCACUGUUUGCCAUCAACGUCUGCAUUGUAUCACCCUCCUUUGACGCGGCCGCGAUCCCGCUCUCGUGGUCCUUGUGCCCUUCAGAAGGCCAUGCCGGCAUGCGGUGGGAAAAGGAGCGAUCGUACCGACUCGUGGGCCUCGAGGAGAGGGUGCUGCAUCGCGGCUACGGCUACCCACACUGCACAGUAGCGCAGCUUAGCAUCCGACCUUCUGAUUUGGACGCGCUACGAAGUGUGGUGCGGGAAAUUUGGGUUACCAUGAAGGAAUCGAUGGAACGACUAGAUGCAACACUGAAGUUGGCUGCACUGGAGAAUGGGCCUGUGUUCGCCACAACUGCAGAUGGGACUGAGGUGCGUCUUCCCAGCAUCAAAAUUGUGUGUUCGGAGACCCUCCUUGCGUUGCAUGAAAACAUUGUUCGUGCUAUUCGCCCCUUUCAUGUGCCACCCACCACGCUAGAGGUCGGGAAGGCCGCUUUUCAUCCCUCAUUUCCUACUGAUAACGCCGUAACAGUGGAGUGGCUGAAAAAAUACCUCUCGGAGCACUCCCUCGAAGCGUACAAUCCACACGUCACUCUCGGGGCAUCCACGGUGAAGUCGUUGGCCUCCUCCUCCUUUUUCAAACCCACCGCCGUGCCGUGGAGAAACUGCCGUCUCGUCGUUAGCCGAAUGGGUAAUUAUUGCUCAUGUUUUGAGGUUUAUGAUUGA